AAGAGAACGGUUUCCGAGCCGAACCUGACGACACACGUGGCUGCUCAGGCACAUCAAAAAUGUGAGACAGAUGUGACAAGAGGUGUCACGACCUGUGACAUCAAUCCUUGUUUGCCUGCGGUCAUGUCAAGCUCAUCCUCCCAAGACGACCGUCGACGUCUGCAGAGGGCGACUGACGCUAGACAGCUGACCCGUAGAAACUCGUCUUUUCUCAAUUCCGUCAAGAAUUACGUGCCAAAACCGAUUGCACGCUUUUUUAGCGGCUCCGAAGAGUUUGAUGACUCCAAGGAUGAGAUGGGCAAACGGAGGCGCCUCGAUGGCCAGCAGAACGAGCCAGUCGAUGGCCACGAUGACGGGCCGGCUCCGUCGAAGCGUCUGAGGCUCCGUAGUCCAGAUAGAGCGGUAUCGCAGCCUCCGCCACAAACGACAAGCGCUCAAAGCGGCUAUCUGGACCCACCCAGCUCGGCAUUCCAACCUUUCUUUCAGCCUUCUUAUUUAUCCAAUGACCCUUCCAAUCGUUCAUCCUCACUUACGCUACCCGCGACCACUAUUCCAGAUAUUCCCCGUAAUGAACCCCGCACUACCCUGUCUCUCUUGCGAAACCAGUUUAGCCGUACCAUGUCCAUUGAUCCACCUCAGAAUCCACUUACUCGACGUCUUUCUCGAGACGUUCCCAUGAAAAGCGUUGCCUUGCCGCCCUUGCAUGAUGCUGCUGUUCGAGAUACGUCUAUGGAAUCAGCGCCAGGUUCGUUUAUACCUUCGUCCGCAUCCCGAACCCGUGAUACCUCUCUUCCUCUUGGAUUCCGUAUCCGCACUUCAGUCACCCCGCAACCUGUGCGUGAUAGUUCCGAGCCUCCAACAAUCUCAUCCCUUGGUUCCAAACCCGUUUUUGUCCGCGGUCCUGCUCCGGAGGUGAGCAAGACCCAGGCCACCCUGGGCUCUCUUGUCGAUACUCAGAGAAGAACGCAGUCUCCUGUGCGUCAGCAUAGCUCAAGUUCUCUUCUCUUUGGCUCUCAGCCGUCUAUGAAAGCUCCUCGUCUAACAACCGUCGCAGAGCGUACACUGCAUGAGUUGGAUAUAUACAGAACCCCCCUUAAGCCCUCUCGUCUUCGAGAAAACAGCUACUUGGCAUCAUCCCCCGGGACUGCCACAGACAUGUUCUCUCGCAAGAAGUCCUAUCAGCGAAUGCCCGGAGGACGCACAGUCAAGGCAAAGGUAGCUAACGAAACUAAGCCGUAUGCAGGUGACGCGGGCAUCAAAAAACAUCUUGCGCGAAGUAGGAAGGCUAAUGCUGAAGAUGAAGCUGUGUCAUCGAAGGACGAGCCAAAUGGUGACGAUGUGUCCAUGAAUGCAGACCAGCCUUUGAGCGAUAUCCUUCCAGAGAUCAACAAGGAUCGAGGAGAGCUCAAGUUGCCCGACAAUCAGCCGAAGAAUUCCAAGGUGGCAGAGAAGCAGUCAACUAUAACUAUGCCUUCCAACUCUUCUCUUCGAGUCGGUCGCACCUUUACCUCACGCAAUCAUAUUGAUCGCCCCUCUCGAUCAGGGAAAACGGGGUUUUCUGCGGCUUUUGACGACGAUGAAGAAGAGAGGCGGGAGGAGGAGUCCAGGAAAGAAAGGGAGAUGAUGGAAGAGGCGGCAAAACAUGUACCCGUAUUCAACAUACCAACCGGGUUUAGUUUUGCCAAGGACGUAUUGCAUUCGACUUGUCGAAAGCAAGGGAGCCGCCCAUUCCCUCAUUACCCUUUUCCAUAUCUUCUUUCCAAUCUGGUACUUUCUCGGUGUCUGGCGCUGCUCCUAUCCCAUCAUCAAACGGUCCAAGGGUGGAAUCUACUACGCCUUCCACUUCUACGCCGCCGGCUCCGAUUCGUGAACCUGAUAUCUCUCCGAAGGUGGACUCUGUGCCUGAGGUUUCGUCAACGGCUGAAGACCUGGCGAAGACGAGUAGCAGCAUCCCGCAUUUCUUUGCUUCAAGCAAGGCUCUCACCCAGACCCCUUUGGUGGUGCCACCGAUGACAUUGACGGAAGCGCCGACGUCCUUGCCGUUCAGCUUUACGCCGCAACAGCCCUCAGCCACCACAUCGGCUCUGUCGGCUCCGGUCCAUGACGCCGGUAAUCCGUUGUGGAAUGAUAGUGCAGGGAAAGCUAAAAAUGAACUGCCUGCAUCCAGCUUGGACAACGACGGUAGUAGCGGUAUGUUUGCUUUCAGUGGCUCAGAGACAACCACCUCCUUCGCCUCGUUUGGGUCUGCCAAGCAGGACAAAGGACCUCAGACAUCUACCUCAACCGAGAACAUAUUUAAACCCUCAUCUUUCUCUUCCGGCAACAGUGCUACUCACGAAAGUUCCAUUGUCACGGAGUCAACCCCUCCGCCAACCUUGUUUAGUACUGCGCCUGCAAAGGCAGCUGAGCCUAAUCAAACUCCGAAGCCGUCGCCUUUCGGCGGUAGUAAUGCGA